AUGAGGACCAGAGGCAGGGACGGUAAUGUUGUUGUACGGACCACAUAUAGAGUAGCUGCUCUUGCUCGAGCUGCUGAUGAGGUGCAGGUCUCAGAGUUACGAGCUGAAUGUAUUCUCUUGACCGGGUCCAACCGAACACGGAUGGUGGAGCAACAGGCGGCGAUGGGGUUCCGUGCACCUCGCCGCCGGACUGGUAGAGUAUCCGCUGCUGCUGCGGAGGAGCAGGUGGUUCAGGUUGAGGUGGCAGAGGUUGAGGAGCCGGUGCCUGUGGUCGGGGAGCCGGUGCCUGUUGCUGAGGAGUCGGUGCCUAGAGUUGAGGAGCCGGUGGCUGUGGUCGAGGAGGGGGAGCGUCCAGUACUGAAUGUCGCUUCUCACGGGUCAAAGUUGAAGAACUUCCCCGAGAGACCAAUGCCUGAGCAGGUAAGGAGGAUAGUUCGGGACUUCCAUCUGAUGAACUUUGCUGGAUAUUCCCCGACGAUGCUGGACGCUUCUCUGUUAACGCCAUUUGUUGAAAGGUGGCACCCGGAGACAUCAUCCUUCCAUCUUCCAUUUGGGGAGUUGACGGUGACUCUGGAUAAUGUGCAUUCCCUAUUUCACCUUCCUAUUGCUAGUAUGUUUUUCACACCAGUUCAUAAGGACCAGGCGACGGUGGUGCACAUGGUGAUGGGGGCUUUUGAGAUUGAUGAGGUGGUUGUGCUUAAGGAGUUUGGUGAGACUCGAGGCUUUCACCUUAGGAUGUCUUGGUUGAGGAAGAUUUAUCAAGAGCUUGCCGAUGUAGGGAGGUACGAGGCUGCCGCUAGGGCGUACAUGCUACAUCUAGUGGGAGUGGUGACAUUGACGAUGCUGUACACGGCGCUUGAUGCUGCAUCUCGUCCUGACACCAGACAACUUGCUGGUUACUUAAGCUUGUUACAGUGUUGGAUCUACGAGCACUUCCCUCACACCUGUGAGCGAAAGAUCCAAUGUUGUGCGACUACUAACCCUUGUGCAAAGAGGUGGAAGGCCAACAGGCCGUUCCAGGAGGAUUGA